AUGCCGGAACCUAUCUCGACUCGCGUCGGCCACGCUUUAGCCAGAGUCUUACGUAUUGACUUGGACCCAGCAGAAACGAGGCGAGAUGACACCGGCCCUUUCAGCUAUGUCGAGCAUGAGCCGACUGCUGGAGACUGGAUUCGAUCACAUACGCCAACCUCCCUUCAAGUCCGUCGCUACUUUAUCAACAUGUUUCCCUUUCUCCGGUGGAUCACCUCGUACAACACGCAGUGGUUGGUUGGGGAUCUCGUUGCAGGUAUCACGGUCGGUGCGGUGGUAAUCCCCCAGAGCAUGGCCUAUGCCGAGCUAGCCAAAUUGCCUCCAGAGUACGGUCUGUACUCUUCAUUCAUGGGAGUCUUGAUUUACUGGUUCUUUGCCACCUCGAAAGAUAUCACAAUUGGGCCCGUGGCCGUGAUGUCUACACUAGUCGGCUCCAUCCUCAUCCGAGUCCAAGCCGUUCACCCUGAGAUUCCCGGUCCAAUUAUCGCUUCUGCUCUAGCAAUCAUCUGUGGCGCAAUUGUUGCAUUCCUCGGGUUCUUGCGUCUUGGUUUUGUUGUCGAUUUCAUUCCGCUCCCUGCCAUUAUGGCGUUCAUGACCGGAUCAGCCAUCAAUGUCUGCGCUGGCCAGGUCAAGACUGUUCUGGGGGAAAAGGCGAAAUUUUCCACUCGUGGUGCAACAUACAAAAUCAUCAUUGAUACCCUCAAGCAUCUCCCUUCGACUCAAAUGGACGCUGCAAUGGGCCUGACAGCUUUGGCCAUGCUCUAUGCCAUCCGGUCUGCCUGCAACUAUGGCUCAAGGAAGAAACCUCAUAAAGCCAAACUCUUCUUCUUCCUGUCUACUUUGCGAACUGCUUUUGUUGUUCUUUUCUACACAAUGAUCAGCGCUGCAGUCAAUAUUCAUCGACGCGACCACCCUGCCUUUAAGCUACUCGGAAACGUUCCUCGUGGGUUCAAGGUCGCAGGGAUUCCGAAGAUAGAUAUUCAAAUCAUCAAGGUUUUUGUGGGAGAGCUCCCUGCUGCUAUCAUCGUCCUCUUGAUUGAGCAUAUUGCAAUUUCCAAGUCAUUCGGCCGGGUCAACAAUUACACCAUAGACCCUUCACAAGAAUUCAUCGCGAUCGGCAUCUCCAACCUGCUCGGGCCCUUCUUAGGAGCAUACCCAGCUACGGGCUCGUUCUCGCGAACUGCUAUCAAGGCAAAGUGUGGCGUACGUACUCCUCUUGCGGGUGUGAUUACCGCCGUUUUUGUCCUUCUUGCGAUCUAUGCUCUUCCUGCGUUAUUCUUCUAUAUCCCGAAGUCUUCUUUGUCGGCCGUUAUUAUCCAUGCGGUAGGCGACCUCAUCACACCACCCAGUGUCACCUAUCAGUUCUGGCGUGUUUCUCCUAUUGAUGCGCUCAUCUUCUUGAUGGGUGUUAUCGUGAUCAUCUUUUCAACCAUCGAGACCGGAAUCUACUGCACAAUCUGUGUAUCACUAGCCGUCCUUCUGUUCAGAACAGCCAAAUCUCGAGGCCAUUUCCUCGGCUACGUUCGAGUCUUUUCGGUCGUCGGUGAUCAUCUGCUGGAUGGGUCCCAGCGAAACAUCAACUCCGACUUUGAUGCAGACAGCGGCCGACGAGUCUGGCUCCCGACCUCGCAUCAUGAUGGAACAAACCCAUAUGUAAAGGUCCACCAGCCUGCUCCUGGAAUCUUCGUGUACAGAGUGUCAGAUGGGUUCAACUACUCGAACGCAAAUCACUACACCGACCAUCUCGUCCAGCAUAUCCUAGAGACAACACGUCGCACAGAUCCAGAAGCAUGGGAGAAGCCAGGAGACAGACCCUGGAAUGAUCCAGGACCAAGACGCGCUGAGCGAAAAAUGAUUAGGGCACAGGAGCCCCCGACCACACCUCUUCCAAUUCUUCGGGCAGUAAUUUUCGACUUCUCCGCCGUUAACAAUGUGGACGUGACCUCCUGUCAAAAUCUGAUCGAUGUCCGUAAUCAACUUGACCGCUGGGCAUCUCCAAAACAAGUACAAUGGCAUUUCGCUCAUGUCAACAGCCAAUGGACAAAGCGUGCUCUCACCGCAGCAGGAUUCGGUAUGCCCAGUCCCGCCAACGAUGGAACAUACAAAACCAAGGCAAUUUUUGACAUCGCGGAGAUCGUGGACGACGGCACACCAUCCGUCACAUCAAACCAAUCCCAACCCUUGGCUUCAAAGGAAGAAGGGGCUAAAGACCUAGAAAUCGGAAUCAAAGUCCAAGAGAAAAGCGCCAAUUCCUCCAUCACAGGCACGGCUGAAGAUGAGAUUCAAGUCAUGCAAUCAGCCACUAAAGCUGAAACUACGCAGACUGCUCGCUGCCGCCGUCAAUCUGGCUCUAGCCCCGAUAUGGCCGCCGUCGAUGGCAUAACCACGCCCUACUUCCAUAUUGAUCUAACCAGUGCGCUGCGGAGCGCCAUGGCGACUUCAUAG